UCAGAAUACUGUGGAGUUACUAUCUAUAACGCUUACUGGCUCCUCAUAAAAUUAUAUGCAAUGGCGGUUUAUGCAAUGAUUGACUAAACUUCCUGGAGAGGCUGCUUCCCAAAAGUUAUGGCUCGACGGCGCAAACCAAAAUUCUCUCCAGACUGAUACAAUUCGUAAUCGUUAACUUUUGGCGUCUGCGGUCAUCAUUGUGAGCCAUUAUGGACCAUAGCGUUAAAGCGAUGACGUCCCCGCGUCUUUUGGGGCGUCUCUUCAACCCUCAUCGCUUUGAAAAUGACGAGCUUGAACAGCUUUAUCAGCGCUAUGUCUGUAAAUUGCAGCACUCAAGCGUCGUUGCCGUCGUUGCGCUUUUCGUGAUCCUGACGGCUGUCUUGGCCAACUUGGGAUUGGCCUAUGCACAAGGUCCAACAGCACAAAAUGUUUAUUUAGCUGCCCAUUGCGUUCUCUUCAUAUUGCUUUUGGUCUUCUUGCAUACCCGAUACAUGCAGGACGCGUAUUUGCUAUGGGUUUGUUAUGCGGUGAUGUUUUUCUUGGCAACAUUUUGUGUGUUAGCGUUACCUAUAUUUUCACCAAUGUCAACAAUUCGGGUGGCUGCAGAGGGCACAUGGCAAGUGGUUUUCGUUGCGUUUCUCGCUUAUGCCAUGAUGCCUCUCAAAGUGUGGGUGGCCGCUGUGUUUGGGCUUCUUCUCUGUUGUGCCCACGUCUUGGUUACAGCAUUUUUCGCCAAAGAUUUUCCUCAUUUAAUAUGGCAACAGUUGACUGCGAAUUCUGUGGUAUUUCUGUGUGUGAAUAUUGUUGGUAUAUUCAUGCAUAAUCUGAUGGAACAUGCCCAACGAAAAGCCUUCUUAGAUACUAGAAAUUGUAUAGCUGCUCGACUAGAAAUGGAAGAUGAAAAUGAAAAACUGGAAAGAUUGCUACUAUCCGUUCUACCUCAACAUGUAGCAAUGGAAAUGAAAAAUGACAUAAUAUCACCCGUUGAGGGACAAUUCCAUAAAAUUUAUAUUCAAAAGCACGAAAACGUUAGCAUCUUAUUUGCCGAUAUCGUAGGAUUUACAGUUCUAGCGUCUCAGUGUACAGCUCAAGAACUCGUCAGGUUGUUGAAUGAACUUUUUGGCAGAUUUGAUCAACUUGCUAACGAUAACCAUUGUUUGCGAAUUAAGAUUCUUGGUGAUUGUUACUACUGCGUUUCGGGUCUUCCUGAACCUCGGUCAGAUCACGCGCGUUGUUGCGUCGAAAUGGGCUUAGACAUGAUAGAUGCCAUUGCCAGCGUUGUAGAAGCGACCGAUGUACAACUAAACAUGAGGGUUGGAAUACACUCGGGAAGGGUAUUAUGCGGUGUUUUAGGGUUGAGAAAGUGGCAGUAUGACGUUUGGUCCAACGAUGUCACGUUGGCAAACAAUAUGGAAGCCGGUGGAGAACCAGGCCGGGUUCAUAUAACUCAAGCCACUCUCGAUUACCUCGGGGGUGAAUAUGAAGUUGAACCAGGAAUGGGUACUACUCGAAACCAAUACUUGAGGGACAACAGUGUAACCACAUAUUUCAUUGUUCCUCCAGCUAGGAGGCGAAAGCCUCUGUUGUUCAACACGCUUCAGGUUCGUUCGGCCUUGGGGGCGGCGCAGAGACGGAAGCUGAGCUUUAAAAACGUGUCCAACGUGGUCGUACAAUUGCUCCAUUCCAUAAAGUACUCCAUGGAGGUGCCCUUUUCCAACAUUGCCAUUCAACCCGCUGAUCUCAAGAACGCCACCACCAGAAAAGAUGCGGUGCUAGAUCUUCAGAGGAUCCUACACGCAGAAAUACCACCAAGCGGAGUGACUUCGGUCACAGAAGAAGCUAAAAACAAAGUUACCGAGAAGUUUAAGAGACCCUUCAAGAAACGACACUCCAGCGUGUACCACCAACCUUCGAGUAGAGUUAAUAAGUAUUUAGCUCAAGCAAUAGAUGCUAGAAGCGUCGAUAGAGAAAAGUCGACCCACGUUAGCCUUAUAACAUUAUGUUUUAAAGAUAAGGACAAGGAAGUACGGUAUCAUGAUGAACUGGAUGUAGGAUUUAGUUCAUCCUUGGCAUGCUCAUUGGCUCUUUUAGUGCUUCUCGGAGCCUUACAAGCAGUGGUUCUUCCCAGGACUAUUAUUUUGUUGCUCUUAUUUCUUACUGCUUUCGUUUGGAUUUCCGUCGUUUUAAUGCUGUUGCUUGCUGUAAGAUUGAGGUGGAUUUUGUGGGACAUAUCCCACAGUUUUGUUCUACGACUUGCCAUCACCGUUUUUACUAUUGUUCUCAUCUAUACCGUUGCGCAGGUUAACGUGUUUACCUGUAGAUCAGAUACAACGUGUAUUGCAAGAACUACAACAAAUGUUACAUUAGAUGAUAGUCCUACCGAGAAGGAUCAUAGGGCUUGUCCUUUGCCUCAUUACAUUGUAAUCUCAUGUGCCCUUAGUUACCUGGCUGUCGCCUUAUUUUUACGUCUUCCAAUUUUGUUAAAAGCGUCACUCUUGGUCAUAAUGUCCACUGUUUAUAUCCUUCUCAUUGAGCUUUCGCAUAUCGACUUAUUUUUGUGUUACGAUCUCCGAGUCAAUUCUGUAAUACCAGCUCACGUUUUAAGUGUGGUUGAAGUUUUGAUGUUCGUCCUGGCAGUUUUAUUACAUGGGCGUCAAGUAGAAUGGACUGUACGUCUCGAUUUUUUGUGGCAAGUACAAGCUAAUGAAGAAAAACGAGAAAUGGACGCUUUACAACAUUCUAACAAACGAAUACUUUUUAAUUUACUACCAGCCCAUGUAGCUAUGCAUUUUCUUGAUAAUCAAUUUAGAAGUAAUAUGAAUACGUUGUCACAGGAACUCUACCAUCAGAGUUACUCAAGAGUCGGUGUAGUUUUCGCAUCGAUAACCAAUUUCCACGAAUUUUAUACAGAACUCGAUGGCAACAACCAGGGUGUCGAAUGCUUAAGACUUCUUAACGAAAUAAUCGCUGAUUUCGACGAACUUUUAGGGGAGGAAAGGUUCAAAGCAAUAGAUAAAAUUAAAACUGUAGGUUCUACGUACAUGGCUGCUGUUGGAUUAAUGCCAGAUCAGAGAAUAUUGGAAGAUGAUGAAGCUACAGCUGGCCUGUACCUCAGCAUUCUUGUGGAGUUUGUUUUUGCCAUGAGGGAAAAACUGCUUUGUAUAAAUGAAAACUCUUAUAAUAACUUCAUGCUUAGAGUUGGAAUAAACAUCGGACCAGUGGUAGCAGGUGUAAUAGGAGCACGUAAACCUCAGUAUGAUAUUUGGGGAAAUACAGUAAACGUUGCAAGUAGAAUGGAUUCAACAGGUCUCCCAAACCACACCCAGGUCACUGAAGAGGUUUACCAAGUUCUCAAAACGUACCCUUACGAGUUUCAGUGUCGUGGAAAGGUUAAAGUCAAAGGAAAGGGUGACAUGACCACUUACUUUCUCACUGACAGAAAGCAACCAGGAACUAUCAGGGUCGAUGAUCUACACAACAUGAAGCAAGGAAAUUUGGCUUCAAAUAAUUUAUAUGGUGGAGUGGCUACACCCUUGGCAUUGCUACAUCAUAGUGAAAUGAACGGUCGUGCGAAAAUUCAUAAUUCUUUCCAACAAAAAUGUUCAACAUCCAGGGAAGAAAACUAUAAUGGCACCCGUAACGCAAUACGUUUGUUACCAGUACGAGAUAGAAAUAAAGACAACAAGAUAAACGAAAGCGAACCCUUGUUGUCUUCAUUUUGCUUCCAGCCAAAUAAUCGUAAUGAUAAACCGUUCAAUACUGAUAUAGGUAAUCCACAAGGGCCUCCAUUGCCUCGUCAUAAAAAUUAUCAACCAGUUCCCAACUUUCAUGUCAAAGAUAUGAAAUAUAUCCCUCCCUGGUCACGAAGUCCUGCUCCUCCACCUGAAAUAAAACCGUACUUAAAGCCAUUACCCCGUCCUCCUGGAAAAGAAUCUCCGAACAGACAUCACAGACGCCAUAAUUUCCCUGCGGCUCCAACGCAAAAUUCUAACAAUUCAAAACCGAUAGAGUACAGUCCGGAACUUAUAAGAACCAGACUGCAAAACAGACAAAGCCCUAUAAAUAGCAGACAAAGUCCUCUUCAUGCGAGACGAAGCCCUCACCAUAAUAGGCACAGUCCAUUGCAAAGGCACUAUUCAGACGAAAGCUUGGGAGGGUUGUAUGGAUCAACUGCACCUCAACGCAUUCAUUCAUCAGUAGAUGAAAUCAGUUCACUUAACCAUUCUCCAAGUAUAAGCAGUUCAGACGAAAGCUACAGUAGAACAACAGACGCAGACGUGUCACCUUGCGUUUCCCCGACUCCUGCUGCAGAGCCUCACCAAUUUUUAUUCCCUUCAGAUAUUCAGGUGAACCCUUGCUCGUCUCCCGAAGCAUCUCCUCGUGCUUCCCUUGAUUAUAUACCGCCAAACUGUUGUCUACGAAAUUCUAACGAAAGAGGCAAUGGUAAUAACAAUAAGAAGCAUAACAAUUUACCACCGAACGCGGUCAUAGCACUAGCGGCAAACACGAACACUAUAGAGUCGUCAGUGGUAACAAGCCCUCCUGUACUUGACGGCGAAGAGAGUGGAAGGGGAGAAAGUUGUGCUAGUUUUGAGUUUGUUACUCGCAAUAGACAAAAAAUUAGCAAUUAUCCAUUACUAAAAGCUGAAAGUACCAAUGGAGCUAAUAUAAAAAGGCCCGAAAGACAUCCACGCACAAGGAAUGAUAGUGAUUCGAUUAUUGAAUGCCAUAGAAACAACGUCAAUUGUAAACGAUCGCCCAGCUUCAAAGGAAUGGAUGAUAUCAAAAAGAUCCUCAGAGACAAGGAAAACAGAAGUAGCAGCGAACGAUCCAAGAAGGAUGGCUUUAGUCAAACCGACAAAAAAGAUAUGAAAAGAAUGCACACUUCUCCCGAUCAGCCUAGUAGUAAUGGUAAAAUAAGCAACACAAACGGAAGUUCAGAGGGUACGGGUCAUUAUGAAAAAGAGAUACAGAAAAUCCUAGAAGAUCAAAACCUUCUCCAAAACAUCCCACCGAAGACUGAGCUGACGCAGCAAAACAAAGAGCUACCAUUCGAGUCAUUCGGAAGGUACGCUUCUAAUAAUAACCAUCAGGUCGGUCUGGCGGCAAUUCAGGCUUUGGCACUGGGGUUGCGAGUGAACCCCACUGGCAGCGUCACCCUGCAAUGCAUGUCUUCACCGCGGGCAAGUAGCAAGGAGGCCUCUUUGAAGAGAGUUAACUCGCCUGGCCCAAGCGAGAGUCAUAAGCAACAAAAAAUUUCACCCAUGGACAGAAGUCCUAAAAUUGAACGUGAACCUGAAAACGACUGUGAUAUGCUUGAAUACCAAUAUAAUAGGGACGAUGACGAUACAGACUUGGAAAGUUUUGAAAGAGACGAGAGGCAAAUAGAGGAAGAAAUUGCUAAGGAAAAUGAAAUGAAGAGCUUACUGGAAAGAAAAGAGGAGGAAGAACUAGAAACGUGUAGAAGCAACAUUGGUAUUAAAAACCAAACACAGGCAGAAGGAAGUCAGUCCGAAUGGAGCGAAGAUGAAGAUGGCGGUGUUUCUGAGCUCCUUCUUAACGAUCGAGAGUCAACAGGGUAUACGACAGAUGAUCCUGCACUUGAAAAUAUUUCAAUGAUACAUGAAGCAGGGCUUACAGACGCAGAAGGUGCUCUAAGUGAUGUUAACUCGGCGUAUAACGACCACAAUCAUGAAGGUGAUCUGGACGAUAACACGAGCAUGUCAUCCCGCGCUUCCUCCCGGAUUCUGGACUCUGAUGCCAUGAUGUCGUUGGAUUCACUAAGCGCUCUUUACGAUUCCGAGUACGAUAACUGUUACAGAACGGAUGAAGACCUCGGACCCCUUCCUGACCUUGAUCGUAUUAAUUAUUUCUCUGUACCGACUGAUAACGUUCAUUUGGCAAACAUUAGGUCAAUGAGUGAAAGCAUCACAAGGAACUUUGGACAACCUCGCAGUGAAACUGAUCCAGAUAGUGAUGUUUAAAGACAUUUGAUAUAGCGGUUUGCUGUUUUUUUUAUUAGUGCUGAAAUGAAAUGAAACUUUCGUUGUAAGGAAGUUUCUUUAGAAUAAGUAUUAAGGUUGUUUUAGACGAAUUAAUUCUCCCUAUACGUUUUAUACAUAAUGAAAUUGGUUCUUCCCAAUUUUUGGUUUUGAUAACAGAUGCGAUUCUUAGUUGUAAUUUUUCUUUUUAAAGUCGAUUAUUAGAAAAUGCGAAACAUCACAGGUAUCGAGUACUUUUUAGUAUGUACCCCCAUGGAAAAUGAAUAUGCUUCAUAAUGGGUAUAUCUGCCUCCAAAUGUAUCGUAUUUUUAAUUACUAUUAAUCAUUAAUACUAAUACCGAUAUAUUGCAGGCUUGGCUGGAUAUUUUUCUCGUUAUUCGUUUCCUAUACGUAACGUUUUUUUAUUUUUAUUUUUCUGAUAAUUUUUAAUGCGUGAAAGGUGGAUAGCUUUCUCAAAAUUAUAAAAAUAAAUCUUAAUUGAUAUUAGCAGCUAUCGUGCCUCAUAAUUCGUAUAUUAUAACUCAUGUAUUGUAUGUAGGGGCUAUUCACAACUUUCGUAAAGAAAAAAGUGAUUUAAGUGAUAUAGUUUUAACGUUUUUUUUAUAUAUGAAACGGUGCAAAUCAUUUUGAGGAGUAAACCAAGAAGGGCGUGUUUUAACAUUUUUUUAAGAGUAUUUUUUUAGUGGCGAAAAAGCAGGCAGCUCUCUUUUGAUAUUAACAUUUUGUAAUACAUAUUUUGCAAAUUUAGUGAUGCAAAAUUUGUAAUUUACUUUUGCAGGGUGGUUAUUUUUUAACGGAACAUUUCAGUAACAAUGGAUUUCUAAUGGAACUUUUCUAACAGACUAUUCUUAAUUAUUAAAUAAAAAAUCCUACAUCCUAUCCACUCUUGCAGUUAACCCAUGGAUUCCAUUGAUAAAUAAUCACCUUAUUCAUUGCAUUUUACUUUUAUUGACUAAAAUUAUUUAUUCGUAGCACAUAGAUAACAGAUUAAAAACCCAAAUUUCAAUUGUACUUUUUAGAAAUAAAUAAAAGUUAACUUUGCAUCACUGAAGUAGAACCAAAGAAUUAUUUGUUUUUCUUAUUGAAUCAUCAUACUGUUCUUUUUUGAUAUAUGUGUGUGUAUAUUAAUUUUAUUAAGUGUAUGUGCAAUCCAAAAGUGCAGUAAAAAGAAAUUCCUGUGUCCUUAUACUGUAUGAUAUAGUUAUUAUCGUUUUAAUUAUCCUGUUGUAGUAGAUGUUUACAUUGUAGUAGAAUUAUCAACAUUUCGAUGUCUCUUGUUGCAGUUAUUGCACCUUAAGUGUACUUUAUUGGAUUUUGACUUUGUCGAAAAAAUACAGCAGCAAUUAUUUAACGUUGAUUACCUGUUUAAUUUAUUGUAUUAUUUAACAAAAGAAGUUCUGUACUUAACGAGUGUUUUUUUGUGUAUAUUUGACUCGUUUCAAUAAAAUUAAUGUCUGCUGUUACAUAAGUGCAUUGUAAAUAAAACCAAUCGUGCAAUAUGUUAAUUUCAACUAAUUCGCACUUAAAAAAA